GGUUCGCGGGAAUGCCGAUUUGAACACGGACGCGCACCCUGUGUCCAUCCGCUCUCAGAUCGGAUGGAUGACGGAGCAGCUACCACGGGCUGUGAGAAUUCGCUACGAUGGCUAUAUAAGCACCGGACCAUCGUCUCUCACCAUGAUACCAGAGACCACGUCAAAGUGUGAAUCAUGCCUGACCUUCAUUCUCUACCCGCUGGAACACGCCCUGACCACGCAAUACGUAACAACGGGCCGGAUGAUCUGGCACUGGAGCGAUUCAAGCUUAGGGAACUUGCCGAAGGUUGGCCUAUGUACCGCGAUGCCCGGGAGUGGGCGAACUUUCGCUCGCUAUUCCAUCCUGGUGCUUUCGUGUAUACUACGUGGACAGGUCGUAUGCCUAUAGAAGACUUCAUCAAAGCGUCACAAGAUGGGAUGGACGAGGGUGCGAGUAUCAUGCAUCGCAUUCAUGGGUCCUCCGUUGAUCUCGCCGGCACGCGGGCGGUUGUAAAAAUGAAGGCCACGAUUACUCAGCGAUUUGAGUUGCCUCUCAAUGGCGCACUGGUAGAUGCGGAAUCCGACUGUCGUUUUUGUAUGUUCUUCGAAAAGGACACCUCUGGGAAGUGGGGGGCACGCUAUGUUAGGUGUUUCUAUGAGAAGGACAAGCUGAUCACUGUUGACCCACGCCACAUCCCCGAGAUCGAUGAUGAGAAACUGAAAGUUUUUCCGGUUGGUUAUCGGUACUUGGCCUAUUGUCAAGAGGCUUGUAUGCCAGGGAUUAAGGUCAAGAGGGACAUGCCAGGCGCGCGCGGCGAGGAGCAUGACCAAUUACUGAGGCAGGUGAAAGACUGGCUAGAUGGAAAGGAGAUGGAAGUGUAAAAUCUGUAAGUAGAUGGAUCUAUCGAUCAUGUUUCGUGUCUAUCGUUUGUAACGGCUACU